AUGGCGACCAACGCGACCAGGCCGCAGUCGGGCUACGACCUGCCCGUGUAUGGGCUGGCCGAGGGCCUUCUGUACAGCAUACACGUGCCGGCGCUGUUCUGCAUCGCGCUGAGCCUGGUGUGCGUCGUCUGCACGAUCGCCUGGUCGGUGCACUGCAACUGGACGGUCGGCCGCGUGCGCUUCUUCCACUGGACGCAGGGUGAGCGCAACAUCGUCUACCUGGCCGUGUGCGACGGCGGCUUCAACCUGGUGCACCUGUUCGACCACGCGCAGUACCUGUGGUACGCCGACCACGUGCGGCCCGCCUGGCUCUGCUCGCUCUACUCGUUCGUCAUCAGCGAGUUCAUCGCCGCACAGCACCUAUUGGUCAACCUGAUCGCCGUCAGCGCGUGCGUCACCAUCCACCGUGAGCGCACGGUCCGCUUCGGCCGGUGCGACUGGAAGCUCCUGGCCUACACUUUCGGCGGCUCGCUGGUGCUGGACGUGCUCUGCCUAGCGGUGGGGGCGUACGGCCCGACCGGCUCCUUCUGCUACUUCGACCCGGUGAGCGGCGUCCUCGCCCACAUCCUCCUCUCGGUUGCGCCGCUCGUCAUCUUCUUCAGCGCCAACGUCAUCGUGUACAUCCUCACCUACCGCAAGAUCUACCAGGAGGAGAAGAAGCACGCACAGGUGCUGUGCCAGGCGUCGUCGACGGCGGCGAGCUCGGCGUCGCGUGCGGCACGCACGAGCAUGCUGUUCGUGUCGGCCUUCUUCGUGCAGUGGUGGUCAUCGGUGGUGUGGGGCGUGUGGCAGCUGCUGGAGCCGCCGCCUCUCAUCAUGCACCAGUUCGCCACCACCUUCUGCAACAUCGGGGGCGUGCUCAACUUCGGCGUGUUCUUCCUGCUGCGGCGGAGUCAGCCGACCGUCCCGGCCGGCACGGCUUACCAGACCUGA